AGUCAUGACGCCUCCAUGCUUUCCGGACAGUCUCGAUACCAAUGAUCAAGCACCAACAGCUGGUUUUACUAACGCAUGUCUUAGUGUCCCAAAGAGAAUUUCCCGUCCCUACAUCCGAGCAAUCCCUCCUCGAUCCUUUUCUCACUCUUCGAAUAUGUCCAAAGCCCACGAUGAUUUCGAGAAAGUUCAGGCUUCUCGGCCGGACUUCAAACCGGACAUCCCUGUCACCUUUUCGAAGCCUCCCAAGCCCGACUGGAAGGAGGGAGACGGAGGCAACGAUGGAGGCGAGAGUUUGAAGAAGAACCAUGUGCAAAUCGACCCGUACGAGGAAGGGCGUCCCGUGGCUUCGAAUUACAAACUUCUCAUCUCCGGCAUGGUCCCCAGACCCAUUGCGCUCAUCAGCACGAAGUCCAAGGAUGGGAAGACAGCCAAUCUGGCCCCGUUCAGUUAUUCACAGGUUAUCAACCACGAUCCUCCACUCUUCAUUGUGGGAUUUGUUGGCUCCCUUGACAAGGCGAAAGACACCCUGAAGAAUCUGGCGGAGACCGAGGAAUGUGUGAUUAAUAUUAUUUCGGAGCACUUCGUGGAAGCGGCCAAUGCGACUGCCAUCAACGCUCCCUAUGGCGUAUCGGAAUGGGAGGUCUCGGGAUUGCACCAAGAACCGAGUACCAUUGUCAAACCAGCUCGGGUCAAAGAAUCCAUCAUGUCCAUUGAGGGGAAGCUUGUCGAGACCAAGGAGUUUGAAAGCCGAACGACUCCGGGGAAGAAGUCCAGCGUCCUCGCGAUUAUUGAGGGUGUCCGGUUCUGGGUUCGAGAUGAUGCCAUCAAUGAGGAUAAGAGUAUUGUCGACCUCAAGGUUCUCAAGCCCAUCAGUCGCCUGGGGGGCAUUUCAUACGGGCGGACUACCGAUGCGUUUGAGAUUCCUAGACCACAAUUCUAGACGGGUUGAGAGGAAAGCUCAGUGAUACAGGUAGGAGAGGUAUAGGUUCCUCGGGUGAUGGCUAUUGGUACAGCAGCUAGAGGUAUGAUAGAACAAUAGAUAGAAUUCUUGAAGAUAGAGAGGGUCUGAGAGCUUUGAUCUUCCAUGAAAAGAUUCUAGG